AUGUACCGAAUAAUUCUAACGACGUUGAGUUUACUACUAGUACUUAGUCCCGGUGGAUUGAUGUCCGAACUAUCACAAAAUGAUGACGGAUCAAUAAAAGACUUGUAUAAAUAUCUACUACAACGAGAGUAUGUUGCCCCAGUAGCAUAUGCAGAUCAUCAAAUCAAACGAAAAGCUGUUCGUUCGCCCUCGUUGCGGUUACGAUUUGGACGUCGUAGUGAUCCUUCAAUGCCAGUUAAACCCAUAGAUGACGAACUAAUCGAAUCAAGAUCAGUACGCGCACCGCAGCUACGAUUACGUUUCGGCCGUAGUGAUCCUUGGUGGACAUCGUUUAACGAGAAUGCUCUACUAGAUGACUAUUUCGAAAAACGGGCUCCGUCCCAAAGGCUUCGAUGGGGUCGCUCCGGAGGCUUGUUUCCUGUAGAUGACGUCAUGAAGCAAAAGACGAUUAGAGCACCUCAAUUACGCCUCCGAUUUGGUAGAAGCGACCCAUCGUGGACGAUUUACAACGAGCACGUGUUAGAUGAAAGGCAACUUGCGGACGCGACCCCAAAACCUCACCUGCGGUUUCAACUCGGGCAAGCUGACGACACAGCGGGUGAAAUAAGUGAGCAAACGGAAACUGAUGAAACCGAAUCACGAACUAUGGACAGCCAGUAAUUACCAACCAAGCAAGGACAACGUUUUGAAAGUAACGAGCGAUGUUUACGUUAGCCUUCACAUGUAGCAUAAGUUGCAUUAUUUUGGCCCCCAAAGAAGUGUUUUGUAUGUCUACCAGUGUGCAAUCCAUAAAUAGCUCUGCCAAAAAGGAAAACGUUUUCAUCGAACAAUCGAACUAAUGCAAAAUAUUACAAAACCAAUUAUGAUCUACUAAACCAGUGAUUAAUAUGUACUUAAUCGUCGAGGCUGAAAUAAAACAAAAAACACUUUCAAUAACAGUUGGCAGCAAUUCAGAUGCAAGUUAAGUGUGAUGAUAGCAUAAACUUAUUGAAACCGACACUAAUUGUACAAGCACUAUGUUACAUACCAUUCGAAUUUAAAAAAUAAAAAUUAUUAUUUUCAGCACAACUCAUUCAAAUUAUGCACAGCUCUCAAUUAUUGAUCAUCAUAGAAAAUAUCAGCAUUUGUUCCAAUUCAAAUUUUGAAAUAUUAGAUAUCUAGCCAAGAACUACAACUAGCAUCAGUUAGAAGCCAGGAAGAAGUGAACUCUUGAGUGCAUACAAGAAGAAAUAGGGCAAGGGAAAUAGUUAUAUUUAAUAAAAACAUCAUGUACAUGUAUAUAAUGAAGUAAAUACAUUCAA